CCACUCUCCCUAAUUAUCAGAAUAUCGCCUAGACGAAUCGAAAGGACUCUCCUGCUUUGAUCCUUCAUACCAUCCUUGCGGACGGCAGCAACAGUUCAUCGGAGUUACUAAAAAGGUGAUCAUGCGGUACCAAGGGACAAGCGAAGUCCGUUACUAGAAAGUCCUUGACUAGGCGGGGAUGAAACAAACCUCUUCGUUCACCCGCGGAAAGAAACAAUGAAAACAUCGAUGAGAGGCAUGAUGGAGGGAACGAUUAUUCAGUUCGUUCGAGUUGAAGCUGAUAAUGCUGUACGGGAGAUUCUUACAGAAGAAACUAACAACAUUAAGGAUUCCAACUUUCGCAAUCUCCUUCUCACUCUCGUCGUCGCCACUGACAACGGCCAACAUGUCUGGCACGCAAGGAAAAAAGCAAGACCUUUCUCAGUACAAUAUAGCGCCGUAUUCUCUCCUGUCCUUACUGCAGACCAGUCUGCAAUCCUUUGUAGAGAACAAGAACAGGAUGUUGCACCAACUUCACUGACCGGCCACAUUGAUCCACGAGAAAUGGGUUCUCGUGUCAUCCGAGAAAUGCCCAAGGAUGUGGAAAAGAAGGCAGCAGAUCACCAGGAACCAAUCUACCAGCACAUAUGGUCGUCAUAAGGAGAAUGCGGAUGUACAAUGCUUGGACGUGUGGCUAGGUCGAUGGUCAUGAUCUUCUGACCGCCUUCAACUGCCUUUUCCGACGUAGCUUUUUGAC